AAUCAAGACACGCUGGCAUCACCGACGUCACUUCCGAUGUCAACUUCCGCCCGCGACACGAACUACGUCGUUGCCAUGCCAUUCCGGCCAAUCCACGCGAAAAGCAACCGGCUUCUGACGGCUACGGCUAAUUGUAUGAUCCCCCGCGUCCGCCGCCAUCUUCCACGUUUUGGCUGCGGCUCUGCGCGCAGUGGGACGACUUGAACAAAUUUGUCUUGUUCCUCGUGUUCUUCCGAACUAAGUAGACAGCUAUUUUGCUGGCUCGAAAAGAUGCCGCGGACUAGUUUGCUGUCUACUUGGCUGCCUUUUACCUUCUCAGAUAUUGACAUUUUUUGUUUAUCUUUUUUUCGCUUGGUUUGUAUGCGUGGUGCUUUGCCUAGAAGUGGUGUCAGCGGUGUCAGGUUUACAAACAGACGUGCGACAGCCUGACACGCGAAGCGGGCUGAGCGUGUACCGUGUAGCACUGGAUUUUCUUUCGUUUUUGGACGUUACGACGAGUCUCCAAGGUAUGCUAGGGGUGCGACUGAGCGGACUGUGCCCCUUCGACGCCACUGGCGGGUUCGGAACUGCUGAUACGCCUACCCCGCGAACUUGCCAAGGAGCUACGGCAGCGGAGGAGGGGCUGACAGUGAAGAAGUGACACGAGCGAGUCUGCUGUGCACAAGGCCGUUGCCAUGAGCCAGUACAACGUGAGAUCUUCGCAGACGGUAGCAGCAGCGUUCUUCUGCCUCGAUGCCGCGGCUAGAGCGUGCCUCGACCCGUUCGUACCCAUCUACCUCCGUCACCAUUCCCUGAAUGCGUUUCAUGCAGGCGCCGUGAUAGGCAUUGCUGCGUUCCUUGCUGCUGCUUUCGUGCCGUCGGUUGUAUGGUUACCAAGAUGGCGACGACAGGGCUGGAGGAGCAUUCUCCUCGCCUCCAGCGCCCUUGCUGCCAUCUGCUACAUCGCCCUGCUCAUGGUACCGCCAAUGUCCAGUCAGUACCAGUUGACAUCGCCAUGCUCUCAGGCUCACCUCAAAGUACCGACGGCAGCAAUGACUAGUGCGAGCCUGUCACCGAGUUCGUGGGAAGCUCACCCUACCAGUCAUCGAGGCACGUCUGCCAAGCCAGUGUCUACUGUUGGGACGUCGGCCAAGCCGUCUUCUCUGCGAGUGGCUUCGUUCGGAACCUACGAGCCAAUGCCAACGGCGCUGCCAGUUAGCGCAACUACCGCUGCCACCGUGAUAGUUCCCUCAGCAGUGCAGCAGAAUAGUAGUAACGAGCAUCAUGCGGAUCGUCACACAGAUAAUCGUAACAGGCCUCAUAGGGAAGCAGACGGAGGAUUGGAAAUAACCCUAAUGACUGCAAGGCCAACUACAAAGCCCACCAGACCAGAUGCACUGCUUGAGAAAAGUGCAAUGAUUGCACCGGAAUCAAAUGGCACUGGCAGACAAGCUGGAGUUCCAGGACAGCGCAGAAAGAAGGUCCUUCCUCCAGAACAUAUUCCGCAUACCACGACGGCGGUGCGUCAGAAUGCCUCAUCUGGACUUGGAGUGGGAGACGGUCGGACGCAGGGUCCAAGCUGCGACGGAUCGUCGCCGGAUCCAGACUGCCUUAUUCCUCCGAAAGCCAAGUUGGAAGAACAGUUCGACCACUCCAUACUGCUCCUGGUCACCCUUAUCGUGGUCUUCGGCGAGUCAAUGCUUUCGCUGGCAGGACUAGCGGCCAACGAGUCCUUCUUCCGCUUCCUGGAUGAGAUUGACACCACCGAAAAAGCAAAUGCGCACCGCACGCACGCCGCCGUCGUGUCUGCUGUGGUCGUGGGCAUCUCUGCUGUUGUGGCGACGCAGGUCCCCUGCGUGCCGCUGUCGACGUGGGGCAGCUCGACCGAGGUGUACCUCCUGGUCUUCGGCGCGCUGGUCUCAAUGUCCCUCCCGCUGGCCGCCUUUUUUCCAGAGCCCCAGCAGGCGGUCAGGAGGAGGACGUCGGCUGGGACAUGUCGGGGAGUGGUGGAUGCUCUGAAGGGCGGUGAGGGUGCCCUGAUGGCGACCACCCUGGUACUCUUGGGUGCACUCGCCGGUGUAGAAGGAACCUUCUUCCUCUGGCAUCUCGAAGAAGGUGGCCACAGCAACGCGCUCGGCGCAGUAAUCAUGGCACGCGCUGUGGCCCGCGUUGCGGCACUGCUUCUGGUCAGGGCUGGCGGGCUUCCGGGGCGGCUGCACGGCUGGCUCGUCUUCGCGGUCAUCUGCACGUCUGCUCGCUGCGCCUGCUACGUCCAGUCCGGUUGGCAGCUCGCAGCGAUGGCGCAGCUGUUGUCGCCGCCAUCGACUGUGCUACUGUGGUUUGCGUGCGAGCGGUGGGCACGGAGAACGUCCACGGGUAUCGACGCCGAGCGAUGCGUGCUUGCGGCACUUGCCGUCUGCCACCGCGGGAUCGGCACUGGCGUCGGAGCAAUCCUGGGCGGAGCUGCGGCGGCGUGGAUGGGAACACGGUCUGCCCUCGGACUCUGCGCUGUCGUCGGGAUGAUUGGAGGCGCAGUUGUCUUUACGGUGACGCACUUCGUGGCACCUAGGCCGCCGAGUUAUGACCGGCUGCUUUGGGACCCGACAAGUCCAAACUCCGAGAGCGAGUCGGAAGAAGAGAUGCAGCCCCUGGAACGACAGGCGGCCGCAGUCGGUGACACAUCGUCCUGAUUUCCUCAGACGAACAGAAACGGCGGACUGAACGGUCCACUGGAAUCGUCUCGACACCGACAACGUCCCUGCAACGUUUCGGAGACGCUUCCUCUUUGCCGUGCAUCGUGUGCAUUUCAGAGUGGCGUCAAGAUACUAUUCGGACAUUCUGCGCGCUUUUUGGGGUGUGCUUAGGGCAUCGUAUAUCACGAGGCAUUUUGGGAACAUUGCAUCCAGUCAUUGCAAGGGUCGGCGACCUUUCACAAGCUCUCCACGAGUGGGCAGUGCUAACGUGGCCACUGAACCACGUCGCAAGCCAAAGAUGGUCCACUUCCAUACUAGUCGGUGUUUAUAGUUAUUUUCCAGGGAGCAUAGCUUUUGUAUUAUAUAGUGAGGACACUUUUGGGAGAAAACAAUAACAUGUCCUUUAUUUCUGUUAACUGUUGGGGGUAUGGGAGGGGAAAAGAGUAAACAUUUGUUUUCAUUGGA